GGCUACACCACGUCUGCCGGAGAACGACAUGAGCGACCAGGAAGAGCGAGAUGACUCAAACGUCAUUCGAAUAGGAUCGCCGACUGAGACCACACUUGCGCCUUUCUUGCUAAGUUCAUCUAGGGCUUCGGAGAAGCAGCAACCUACUGGUGGCGCGUAUCGCAACACAAGGACUUCGACCCUAUCUUCGAGUUCGUCCUCUACUGCUGGACAACAUCAGAGCAAUUACCUUCAAGUCCCCUCGCCAACAAGAGGUACUUCUUGUUUACAACUCAGUCGAAACGAGAGUCGUCCAGGUGGUGGAACUCAAACUAUAUCUGGUGGAGGUGGGAGUCGACCCUUUGGGCCGUUUCGGACGUCGAGUCUGAUGGGUGCUUCUAGUAGAGGGAGUAAACAAGGACGUGGAGCAGAUCAUAGGAGUAGCUCUUCGAGUCUCUCUU